CGGGGCGCCCGCCGCGCCCCGCUCCAGCGCACGGAAGAGGAAGGCGAGGGGGAGGGGGCCCGGCGGACGGUCCCGCUGCGGCCGCGGCUCCCGAGCCUGCCCGUCGGGACUCCGGUGACGAGGGGCGGAGGAGGCAGCGGCCGAAGCCGGAGCGGGGGGCGCUCGCCGCUGCCCCGGGGCCGGGACAUGUCGUCGGCGGCGGUGGCGGCUGCUUCCCGCAGGCAGUCGUGCUACCUGUGCGAUCUACCCCGCAUGCCCUGGGCCAUGAUCUGGGACUUCACCGAGCCCGUCUGCCGGGGCUGCGUCAACUACGAGGGCGCCGACCGCGUGGAGUUCGUCAUCGACACGGCGCGGCAGCUGAAGCGGGCGCACGGCUGCUUCCCCGAGGGCCGGGCCCCGCCACCGCCCCACGCCAAGCAGCCUCCGCUCUCCGCCAAGGAGCUCCUGGCGCAGCAGCAGCAGCUCGGCCACCCCUCGGCGGCGGAGGCGGCGGCGCGGCCCCCGCCGCAGCCCCUGGAGCGCUACUCGCUGGCGUCCGAGCGGCCGCCGCCCCGCCUGGGCGCCGAGUACGGCGGCGGCCGGCAGGUCAACGGGAUCCUGGUGCCCAACGGCUUCCCCAAGCCCGAGGAGCCGCCCGAGCUCAACCGGCAGAGCCCGAACCCGCGGCGGACGCACGCCGUGCCGCCCACCCUGGUGCCGCUGGUGAACGGCGCCGGGCUCCCCGCCGCCAUCGGCGGUCUGGGCAGCCGCGCCGCCGCCGCGGCCGCCGCCUCGCUGGCCGCCAUCUCCGCCGCGCCCGCCCCCAUGGCUGUGCCCGUGCCCCAGCAGCCGGCGGCGGCGGCGCAGGCGGCGGCGCAGGCGGCCGGGCAGCCCGGCGAGCUGGGGCACAAGCGCCCCGGCUCCGUCUCCUCCUCCUCCUCCUCGGGUGGCGGCGGCGGCGCGGCGGGGGAGCACGACAGCGGCGCCAAGGAGAAGCGCGGCUCCGCCGAGAGCCUGCCGGCGGCGGCGGCGGCGGAGCUGGCCGCGGAGGGCAAGGGUCGGCCGGGCUCCGAGCAGGAGUGGCUGGCCAAGCCCAAGACAGUGCGGGACACGCUGCUGGCCCUGCACCAGCACGGGAGCCACACCGUGGCCCCCUUCGACAGCAAAUUCAAGAAGGAGCCGGGCAUGGCGGGCGGCAGGCUGCUGGGCUACGAGACCAACGGCUCCGUGGCCAAGCCAGGGGCCCGGGCCGCCCGGAAGAGGAAGCCUUCCCCCGAGCCCGAGGGCGAGGCUGGACCCCCGAAGAUCAACGGGGAGGUGCAGCCCUGGCUGCCCGCCCCGUCGGAAGGGAUGAAGCUGCCGCUGACGGGCACCCCCUUCAUGUCGCCCCCGCCGCCCACCGCCUCGCCCCACUCCAACCGGACCACGCCGCCCGAGGCGGCACAGAACGGCCAGUCCCCCAUGGCCGCCCUCAUUCUGGUGGCGGACAAUGCCGGGGGCAACCACGCCUCCAAAGACGCCAACCAGGUCCACUCCACCACGCGGAGGAACAGCAGCAGCCCCCCCUCGCCCUCCGCCAUGAACCAAAGAAGGCUGGGCUCCGGCAGGGAGGUGCCGGGCCAGGGGGCCAACGCGGCGGCGGCGGGCGGCCUGGAGCCCGUGCACCCCGCCAGCCUGCCGGACUCGUCCCUCGCCGCCAGCGUCCCGUUGUGUUGUACCCUGUGCCACGAGCGCCUGGAAGACACCCACUUCGUGCAGUGCCCCUCCGUCCCCUCGCACAAGUUCUGCUUCCCCUGCUCCCGGCAGAGCAUCAAGCAGCAGGGAGCCAGCGGGGAGGUGUAUUGCCCCAGCGGGGAGAAGUGUCCCCUGGUCGGCUCCAACGUCCCCUGGGCCUUCAUGCAAGGGGAGAUCGCCACCAUCCUCGCCGGAGAUGUGAAAGUGAAAAAGGAGAGGGACUCGUGACUCGCCUGCGCUCGCUGCCCGACGUCACCUUGAACUCGAACUGCUCGAAUUCUGUAUAUAUCUAUAAAUAUAUAUAUAUAAAUAUAUAUAUAUAUCUCCAAGACAAGGGAAAUGUAGACUUCAUAAACAUGGCUGUAUAAUUUUGAUUUUUUUGAAUACAUUGUGUUUCUAUAUUUUUUGAAGACAAAAGGUAUGUACUUAUUAUAAAGGCAUUUCUUCUAAUUCUUCUCUUUUUUUUUUCUGUUUCGUUUUUUCUUUUUUUCCCUUUUGUUAUAGCAACUAUUUGUUGUGCUUCCCUGGUGACAGUUACUGUUCAAUGUAGGCUGUGACUUGCGCUGCUUUUUUUAGAGAGCACUUGGCAAACCAGAAAUGCUUCUAGCUGUAUUUGUAUGCACUUGUUUCUUCUGUUUUUUCUUUUCUUUUCUUUUUUUUUUUUUUUAAAUGCCAAAUACACUUUCUGACAUUGUAAAGAUUGCCUUACUGUCUGUGAUUCCUUAUUCCUGGCCCCUGUCCUGUAGAGCUGGUCGCACGCAGGCUUGGUCUGAGGCAGCUGGGGACAAGAGUGGCUGGCCAAGGCAGGCGUGCCCUUUGCAUCCCUCCGGCCGGGCGAGCUUAGGGAGCAGGAGAGCUUUCUCCCGGGAGCGUGUGGCUCGGGUUGCGAUGGAAGAUCCUCCAGAUCCAGUCUCGAAUUGCUCACUGUUUCUCGAGGGAAGUUGCCACCAGAGUAGGAUGUGGAGAGGUGUCCAAGAGGCGCUGUUGAGUUAGGGAUUUCUGGGUUUGUUUGUUUUUGGUUUGGUGUUUUGUUUUGUUUUGUUUUUUUUUUAAGGCAAAGUUGACCGCAGUUCUCGUGAUCGGUUCUAAGAUUACAAAACUGCAUUUAUUCACCAGUUGCAUACCAUAAUAUGGAAUUUUGAUAACGAACUUAGUUACAUGAUUGGCAAAGGUGCCAAUGUAGCACUGCCAUUUCUGAAGGUCUUCAGUGUCACUUGCGGGGCUUUUGUGUCUUUGGACAAAGCUGGGGAUGUGGGGAAGAGACUUUAUUUUAUUUUACUUUAAUUUUCAGAUAGUGCAUAUGGAUUUUGAUUUUGCUUACCAGUCACCUCUGGUGCUGUUGCUAUUGUUACUAUCGCUGACCCGGUAUUUCCAAGUAGUGGCAGGUACGGUGUGGUACAGUGACAGCAGUGACUGAGGCUCUGCCAAAUUGCCCGCGGGCAUAUCAGUGACAGCCCAAAUGUGGGUGGAGGAAACCUGUAAUUUCCUUAUUACGUAUGCUUGAAACAAACCUACUGCUAUUCUUUGAAAAUGAAAAUAUAAACUGGUUGAAAUGAAAGCAAUUAGGGCUGCACAUAAUGGCCCUGGCCCUGCCUUUUAAGCUACUUUGGAGAACUCUUUUGUAAAGCCACUUCUUUUGAUCACGCUUCUGCAUCACCAAGCAGACUUCUAAAAUCAAUAAAUCAUUGGUUACUAGAAA